AAGCAAACAGAGCUUUCUAGAAAAUACUUCUGAGCUGAAGCAACGAGUGGAGUGCGGGCGGGUUCUCUGGGCAAGCUUAGCUCACACUUUCUCUCUUUUCAACAGGACCAAAGUUGACAUUUUUCUCUUUACACGUCAGUCCAUUUCGUGUGCCGUUGUUGCGUGGACUUUCCCACGGAAAGAGAAGGAGGAGAGAGAGCUAGAAGAUGACGUCCAGGACUAUUGAUUACAGUGUGUGGGACCACAUCGAAGUGUCGGAUGACGAGGAUGAGACUCACCCCAAUAUCGACACGCCGAGCCUCUUCCGAUGGAGGCAUCAGGCGCGUGUGGAGAAACAGGUGGCCUUCGAGGAGAAAGGAGAGGAGCUGGAGAGGAACAUGGCAGAGUGUAAGAGACGUCUGGAAGAGGUGCAGUACAGAGUGAAGGAGUUAGAGCAGGAAGGAAAGAAGGAGGGAGAGGAGGAGAGGAAGACGGCGUUGAGCAAAGCCCAGGCCGAGGAGAAGAAAUACAGAAAGGAUCAACGCUUGUGGGAGAAGAAGAUGGAGGAACAUCGGAGAGAGGAGAAAAAGAUGCCUUGGAACGUUGACACGCUCAGCAAAGAGGGAUUCAGCAAGAGUAUGUUGAACAUCAAACCGGAAGUGACAGAAGAGACGGAGGAACAGAAGGAGGAGAAACACCAGACUUUUGUAGAUAAACACAAGAAAGAGAUCAAACACUUUGGUGAGUUUCAACGACACACAACUAAACCAUUUAAUAUCUGUUAUAACACCACACAACUAAACCAUUUAAUAUCUGAGGGGGGGGCUAACUUCCUGGUUAUCAUGUGUAUCGACCUGGAGGUGGAGGAGAAACAUGGUUUGAUGGAUCAGGUAGCCCAUCAGACCAUAGUGAUGCAGUUCAUCUUAGAGUUGGCUAAGAGCCUGAAGAUCGACCCUCGAGGAUGUUUCAGAGAGUUCUUCCAAAAGAUCAAGACUGCAGACCAGCCCUAUCAGGAGGCCUUUACUGAUGAGCUGGAGUCCUUUAAAGAGAGAGUUCGAGGCAGGGCUAAGAUCAGGAUACAAAAGGCUAUGGAGGAGUAUGAGGAGGAGGAGAGACAGAACAGACUGGGGCCAGGUGGACUGGACCCUGUGGAGGUCUACGAUACUCUGCCAGAGGAAAUGAAGAAGUGUUUUGAUGAUAAAGACAUCUCAAUGCUGCAGGAAGCUAUCAGCAAGAUGGACCCCAUGGAGGCAAAGGGCCACAUGAAGAGGUGUAUUGACUCAGGACUCUGGGUUCCCAACGCCAAUACCGACAACGAAGAGGACAAAGAAGAAGACGAGGAAGAGGACAAAGAAGAUGAGGAAGAACCAGAGAAGGAGGGAGAGGCGGAGGAGGAGAAAUGACUCUGUCAUGAAUUGAAUCCUUCCUUUAGACUUUUGACCUUUUCAGACCUAGCUACACCAUUUACUAGCGUUAGCUUGUCUUAUUGAAAACAUGCUGUGAAGAUGCUAACUUCCCUAGCGUUAAUUGGGCUAGUAUCGCUAGCAUUAGCCUGACCCAUUGAAAACCUGCACCGGGCCAGUAUUUACAGAGUCAGCUCUAGGAUCAGAUUCCCCUCUCCAAUCCUGACGUUGACCAUUUGUGGAAAAUGCUAAACUUCCCCCUGCUCCAGUUUCUACCCAUAAUCCCUUUCUCCAUGUCCCCAUCUUUAUAUUAACCCACCACCUCACUUCUACCCAUAGUCCCUUUCUCCAUGUCCCCAUCUUUAUAUUAACCCCCCCCUGCUCCAGUUUCUAUCCAUAGUCCCUUUCUCCAUGUCCCCAUCUUUAUAUUAACCCCCCUCACUUCUUACCCCUGUCGUCUCUUCUACCCAUAAUCCCAUCUUUAUAUUAACCCCUCGCACCUCAUUUCCGGUUUAAUAGCACAUGAUCUGUUUGGUUUUGUUAUUCAUAAUUUGUUUGUUUUAUUUUAUAGGCGUUGUUCCACCCUCCACUCCCUCCCCUUCUAGUCACCUAGAACUCAGAACCGGCUUUUGAAAUGUUACCAAGAACUUAGAACCGCUACCCAACCAAUCUCACCUCCAUCCCCUCUGAACCAAACUAUCUCUCUCUCUCAGGCCUCUCUCUGUCUCUCCGCAUGGGUCAAACCGUGUCAAACCGGUUUAAACCAGAUGAAACAGGUUAAAACCAGUGCAAUUCUGAUUGGAGCUCCUCGCUGCAGAUGGGACAGAAUGGGUGUGGUCUGUCAGUUGACUCCACCCCUUUCGUUAUUACAGUUGUAAUCUUGCUUAGUAAAGUUGGGCUGCAAAAACAA